GCCUCUUUCGUACGGACCAACCUGUGCGGUGCACGUUCCCUGAAUGAACCUUAGCGAUCCUCGUCGAUCCGCGUUCGUCUUUCUCCUCUCUAGUCGGUCGGACGGACGGUUAACCAUCGGGAGUAGUUUGCAUCGCGCCGCCGAUUCUCUUAUUCCUCUCCCCUUCGACUCCAAUUUUAUUAUCGAGAUCUCGCGUUUUCUAUCUCCGGAUUUUUUUUUGUUUCAUCGUCGCGAAUCCGAGGAAAAGAUAUAUACAUAUGAAACCGUGAACGAUACUCGGAUCGAGUGAGAUAACGAGAGAAGAAGAGAAGGAGGAGGAAGAAGAAGAAGAAGAAGAAGGAGAUUGAGAAAGAGUGGCGGAAAUCGAUGGAUUAGGCCGAUAGGUCCUCCCGUCCGGUCCUCGAGAGGAAGGACAAGGGUCGGUUCGUGAUAAAUCACGGCACGAUAACCUCGGAUUAAUUGGUCCAAUUGGUUUCCUCGCUACGAUUGCUCGCUCGGUGAUUCUCGAUCGCGUUUCACGCAAAGGAAGAAGAAGAAGAAGAAGAAGAAGAAGAACAGUGCGGUUGGAAGAUAAAUCGGCAACGCGAUCGAACAACAAUCGAUUGUCCGCGUCGCACGAAUGUGAACGAGUAACUGUACCCGUAUCUGUACAAGUAAUCUUUUUCGACCACGAGAGAGGAUCUCCAGAGGGCGGGGGGAGAGAGAGAUGGAAAGCUAUCAUCACGGUAACGACGUAUCGGGCACGGCGGAAACGGAAGCCGGACCAUCGAGCGCCGAACAAUGCAGCAACGAGCAAUGCGCCAACUCGUUGGACGACGCAGUUGGUAAACUGCUUCAAGGCUAUGACUGGACCUUGCUUCCGGUCACUUCUCGGGCGGGCGGUCGAAGAAGCGCUCACGUGAAACGCCCGAUGAACGCGUUCAUGGUCUGGGCUCAAGCGGCGAGACGCAGAUUGGCGGAUCAAUAUCCACAACUUCACAACGCCGAACUGUCGAAAACGCUGGGAAAGCUUUGGAGAAUCUUAAGCGACGGUGAGAAACAACCGUUCAUAGAGGAGGCUGAAAGAUUGAGGAACGCGCACAAAAAACAACAUCCGCAUUACAAGUAUCAACCGCGUCGACGGAAACCAAAAUCGGAGGAGCAAAUGGGCAUCGUGAUGCACAGGACCGCCUUAUCCUCUCCGGCCACGUCCCUAGAUUCCACCAACUCGUCGGAAUGCGCGUAUCCUCGCCUGUACACGGACGCCGGGAUCAAGAUGUACGAGAGGCCGACUUAUCACGACAACAAAAUCAAUUACGACGUUUCGAGAUCGAGUUGGUCGAACGACACGAGCAAAUACCCGGCCGAUCAUUCGAUCGUGGAAAGUAAAGGGCCGUACGAGGGCGGUAGAUACGGCGAGUCGAACGUGGGCAAGAGUUGCUACGUGGACGCAAAGUGCUACGAGACGGUGAAAUAUCAUCACGAGGUAUCCGCCGCCGUCAAGUAUCACGAAGCGAUUCCAAAAUAUUCGGAAUUGCAAACGAAACCUUACGAUCUACCAAAAUAUCCCGAGAAUCCCUUAAAAUAUCCCGCUGACGUUACCAGCCCGAGUAAAUCGUACGCGUGCGUGCACGGCCAUUACUCCGCACCGGAGGGGUACACGGUGCACGAGGAAAACGAAUAUCAAACGCAGGGUGUCUCGACCCAUUCUUUUUAUCCGUAUAUUUCCGCAUCCAUGACGCAACCACCUUAUUACAUGGGCCCACGAUAAAUCUGGAACUAAGAUCGGGGAAUGGAAUGGAAUAGCCCGUUGUCCGGGCAAUUGAUAGUCGGUUAAACCGCUUAGCAAUUGUUUACUUUCUUUCUUUCUUUUCUUUCUUUUCUUUCUUUCUUUCCUAUUUAUUCUUUGACAAUAAACUUUAAACAACCAAAUAAAUAAACGAUAUUAUUCCGUUAAUACAUCUGGUUCGAUCAACAAACAUUUCCCAACCAUCUACUUUGAAUAAUAUUAUAAUUUACUAUUGUUAUCUCUUUUUAUUAUACAUCAUCGCAAUCAAUCGCUGGUACAAAUUAUAUCCUUCAUCGUGUCUUCAUUUUUCGAAACGAGAACACGCUCUGUACGUACGUUUUAUACAUAUACAUCGUGAAAUCUAAAAGUAAGUAUUUUUAUAAAUAAGUACUAGAGAGAUUCUACCAGAGAGACAAGAAAAAACGAAAAAACGAAGAAAUAAAAUCAAAUUGUGCGUUGUAUA